CACAGCGCUAGGCCUGCCCCCGUCCUUGGGUCGCGAGCGCCGAAGUCAUCGAACGCAGCCAAUGGAUGGUGCGGUGGCGGCACCGCGGGAGAGGAGGAGCUUAGCUCCCAGUCAGCUGGCCAAGAGAAAACCGGAAGGCGGACCCUGUGAUGAGGAAGACUGGCGGCCUGAAGCAGUGACUCCUAAGAAACGGAAAUCCAACAGUGAGACCCAGAGCCAGGAGUGUUUUCUGUCUCCUUUUCGGAAACCUUUGACUCACCUAACGAAUCGACCACCGUGUCUGGACAGCAGUCAACAUGAAGCAUUUAUUCGAAGCAUUUUGUCAAAGCCUUUCAAAAUCCCCAUUCCAAAUUAUCAAGGUCCUCUGGGCUUUCGAGCAUUGGGCCUCAAAAGGGCUGGGGUCCGCCGGGCCCUCCAUGACCCUCUGGAAGAAGGUGCCUUGGUUCUGUACGAGCCUCCCUUGCUGAGCGCCCACGACCAGCUGAAGCUUGACAAGGAAAAACUCCCUGUCCAUGUGGUCGUUGAUCCUAUUCUCAGUAAGGUCUUGAGGCCUCAUCAGAGAGAGGGAGUGAAGUUCCUGUGGGAGUGUGUCACCAGUCGGCGCAUCCCUGGUAGCCAUGGCUGCAUCAUGGCUGAUGAGAUGGGCCUGGGCAAGACGCUGCAAUGCAUCACAUUGAUGUGGACGCUUUUGCGCCAGAGUCCAGAGUGCAAGCCAGAAAUUGACAAGGCAGUGGUGGUGUCGCCCUCCAGCCUAGUGAAGAACUGGUACAAUGAAGUUGGGAAAUGGCUUGGAGGGAGGAUCCAACCUCUAGCCAUCGACGGAGGCUCUAAGGACGAGAUAGACCAAAAGCUGGAAGGAUUUAUGAACCAGCGUGGAGCCAGAGUGCCUUCUCCCAUCCUCAUCAUUUCCUAUGAGACUUUCCGCCUUCAUGUCGGAGUCCUCCGGAGAGGGAGUGUUGGACUGGUCAUAUGUGAUGAGGGACACAGGCUCAAGAACUCUGAGAAUCAGACUUACCAGGCCCUGGACAGCUUGAACACCAGCCGACGGGUCCUCAUCUCCGGGACUCCCAUCCAGAAUGAUCUCCUUGAGUAUUUCAGCUUGGUACAUUUUGUUAAUUCGGGAAUCCUGGGAACUGCCCAGGAGUUCAAGAAGCAUUUUGAAUUGCCAAUUUUGAAGGGUCGAGAUGCAGCUGCCAGUGAGGAAGAUAGGCAUCUAGGAGAGGAGCGACUGCGGGAGCUCAUCAGCAUUGUGAAUAGGUGCCUGAUACGGAGGACAUCUGAUAUCCUUUCUAAAUAUCUGCCUGUGAAGAUCGAGCAGGUGGUUUGUUGUAGGCUGACACCCCUUCAGACUGAAUUAUACAAGAGGUUUUUGAGACAGGCCAAGCCAGCAGAAGAGUUGUGUGAGGGCAAGAUGAGUGUGUCUUCCCUUUCUUCCAUCACUUCACUAAAGAAACUAUGUAAUCAUCCAGCUCUAAUCUAUGACAAGUGUGUGGAGGAAGAGGAUGGCUUUGAAGGUACCUUGGACAUAUUUCCCCCUGGGUAUAGCUCCAAGGCUCUAGAGCCUCAGCUGUCAGGUAAGAUGCUGGUCCUUGAUUACAUUCUGGCGGUGACCAGAAGUCGCAGCAGUGACAAAGUAGUGCUGGUGUCCAAUUACACUCAGACAUUGGACCUCUUUGAGAAACUCUGCCGGGCCCGAAGGUACUUAUAUGUUCGCCUGGAUGGCACAAUGUCCAUUAAGAAGCGAGCCAAGGUUGUGGAGCGCUUCAACAAUCCGUCCAGUCCUGACUUUGUCUUCAUGCUGAGCAGCAAAGCUGGGGGCUGUGGCCUCAAUCUCAUUGGGGCUAACCGACUGGUCAUGUUUGACCCUGACUGGAACCCAGCCAAUGAUGAACAAGCCAUGGCCCGGGUCUGGCGUGAUGGUCAAAAGAAGACCUGCUAUAUCUAUCGCCUGCUCUCUGCAGGAACCAUUGAGGAGAAGAUCUUUCAGCGUCAGAGCCACAAGAAGGCACUGAGCAGCUGUGUGGUGGACGAGGAGCAGGAUGUGGAGCGGCACUUCUCUCUAGGCGAGUUGAAGGAGCUGUUUACCCUGGAUGAGGCUAGCCCCAGUGACACACAUGACAGGUUGCGCUGCCACCGCUGUGUCAACAACCACCAGGUCUGGCCACCCCCUGAUGGUUCUGACUGCACCUCAGACCUGGCUCAGUGGAACCAUAGCACUGAUAAGCGGGGGCUCAAGGAUGAGGUACUCCAGGCUGCCUGGGAUGCUGCUUCCACUGCCAUCACCUUCGUCUUCCACCAGCAUUCCCAUGAGGAGCAGCAGGGCCUCCACUGAUAACCAGCUGGUCUGGUAACCAGCUUACUGAUGCCGCCUCUACUGGGCCAUGCCCUCAAACAUCAGGCAGGGCAGAGUCACAAAACAGAAGAUAGGAUGUGGUGGGACAGCAUGUGGCUGCUAGCUGAUUGAUGGGCCCAGACAGCAGCAGAGAUCUCUGGACUUUUCCUAUAGGUCAUGGGGAACAUCUGAAAACUAAGCAGGAGAGUGACAGUGAUCCAAUACUUUUAAAUUCAUUGGGUGGGAAUAGGGCCGAAAACGAUAACCACAUCCCACAGAAGGGAGUAGGAUCCAGAAAGGUUAGGGCAGUUGCUUAAUGCCACAGAGCAAAUAAUUCCUUGGAAGCCACACCUUUAUCUCUCCUUGGACUGAGCAGGCUCCUUUUGAUUCAUUCAUUCAACUAAACCUUACCCAUGGUAAGCACCUGGUAAGCUUGUUUUUCUGCUAGGUAGUCAUGAGCAGCAGAUCUUGUUCCUGCCUAUACAGCCUGAUAACAAAAGCAGAUGAUGGGAACUGGGGAAGUAGAGUGCUGUGGAAGUAAAAGGAUGGGUACUUAACACCCAAUUUAGCUUUGUCAGUAAAGACUCUCUGGCUGAGUCCUAAAGAACAUAAAAGAGAGGCUAAAAGGAGGAGGAGUGACUGGCAGAGUGAACUUGGCAUAUAUCAAGACCUGAAGGAGAAAGAGUGGCAGGUUCCAAGAACUGAGAAAUACUCAAUGUGGCUGGUGUGUAAAGUAUGAGGGAGGGACGAUUCAACUAUAGAGGUAAGCAGGGUAAGAACAUGAAUGGCCCUCUAAGUAAAAACAUACAGUGACAAGAAGCCGUUGAAUUUUUAGAUGAUUGACAGAUUUGCAGUUUUAAAAAUGCUUGGGUUGCAGUGUAAAAAAUGAGUUGUAUGGUGUGUAUGGAGUCAGAAGGAACUGCUGAAAUGGUGAAUCCAGAUGAGAGGUAAUGGUAGUCUGAAUUAAGAAUGUGGAGAUAAAUGAAUCUGAGAGAUUGUACCACCUGGUAGCCAAAUAUAUGUGGCGUAAGAGAAUCCAGGCUUUUUUUGAGCAACUGAAUCUGUGAUGUCACUGAGAACAGAAGGAAGGUCUGUUUAGAAGGAAGAAGACGCAUUCAGGUUGGGGAGUGUGGUUUAUGAAUCCUGUGAUAUCUAGUUGUCAGAUGGAUAAAUAGGUCUGGAGUUUAGGAGGAGGAUCUGGGCUAAUGUCAUAAAAUGGGGGUGUCUUCAGCAUAGUUGGUCUUUGAAACGAAGUCCAGUAAGCAUGUGUAAACUGGGAGAGUUUUGAGGAUCUCUGAACAUUAAGAGAGAAGUAAUGUCCAGAAAGGGAGGAAAAAAAAAACUCAGAAAAUUUUGAGGUAGUAGAAAUGAGACUAUUUCACGAAGAAGACAAUACUUAAUAGCAGAUGAUGCCGAGAAUUAAUUUAAGAUGACUGAAAGGUAUAUAUUGGACUUAACAACAAGGAUGACGUUGGUCACCUCGAGGUCCUUGAUGCAGUAGACAGGGUGGAAGCAAGGCUGGAGUGGCUGUGAGAGAAGAGGGCACAGAUGACUCUUAAGGUUGUCUCUGAAGGGCAUGGAAGAAUAGGACAGUUAAUAAAUGGAAUAGAUGGAGGUGGUGGUGGUAGUUUUUGGUGGAUACCUGAUUGAGAGAAGAGAGGCAGCAUUAAGUGGUUUAUAAGCAUGAGUUCUGGAGCCAGGUUACCUGGGUUUGAAUUCUAGCUCUACAAUUUACUAACUUAUCCUGGGCAAGUCACUUGACCUCAGAAUUGUAAGGAUUAAAUUAGUUAAAGAAUAUUUAAAGGGGCUUCCCCAGUGGCGCAGUGGUUAAGAAUCUGCCUGCCAAUGCAGGGCACACGGGUUCAAGCCCUGGUCCGGGAAGAUCCCACAUGCCGCGGAGCAACGAAGCCCGUGUGCCGCAACUACUGAGCCUGCGCUCUAGAGCCCUCGAGCCACAACUACUGAAGCCUGCGCGCCUAGAGCCCAUGCUCCGCAGCAAGAGAAGCCACUGCAGUGAGAAGCCCUCACACCGCAACAAAGAGUAGCCCCCACUCGCCGCAACAGAGAAAGCCCGCGUGCAGCAAUGAAGACCCAAU